AUGGCUGUCCGAACACAGCUUUUCCCUCCGUCCCCUACUUUCACAGAAUCUUCCCUGCCGUCCUUGAGCUCCAGGGUGUAUAUCGUCACCGGUGCAACAUCUGGUGUUGGUCUGGAACUGGCCAAGAUUCUCUAUUACCGCUCAGCGAUCGUUUACAUAGCUGCACGCAAUUAUUCCAAGAUCACGUCGGCCAUAAAAGAGGUGCAGUCAGCGUUUCCUGAUUCAACAGGACGUCUUGAGUCGCUAUGCGUUGACCUUUCCGACCUCGCAAGUAUCAAGCCUGCAGCUCAGCGAUUCCUCGCCAAAGAACCAAGACUCGAUGGCCUAGUACUCAAUGCUGGUGUCAUGAUGCCCCCGGAGGGUAGCAAGACCGAGCUGGGGCAUGAGUUACAAAUGGGAACGAAUUGUUUGGGCGGAUAUCUACUGUCGCGGCUUCUCGAGGAGCUUCUGGUGAGGACAACGGUUGUAGCAGACGAGGGAACUGUUCGAGUUGUAUGGCUUGCAAGUACUCUUCAGAUGGGCACACCCAAGGGAGGUCUUGUCUGGGACGAGGUCAAGAAGGAGCCGAAAGUGGUCAAAGACCAGAUGGAGAACUACAUGAUGAGCAAGGCCGGUAAUCUUCUCUUGGCCCACGAGACUUCUCAGAGAUUGGGAUCGCAAGGAAUUAUAUCAGUGGCUGUCAACCCAGGGUUCUUGAAGACGGAGCUUCAGCGUCAUAUGCCCGGACCUGUGUCUUUCAUGAUGGGCCUCAUGUUUAAAGCGCCCAAGUAUGGAGCUUACAGUGAGCUGUUCGGACUGCUGUCACCAGAUAUCACCGCUGAGAAUAACGGAGCCUUGAUCUACCCUUGGGGUCGUAUCGGAUGCAUCCCAGACGACAUCAAGGUGUCUUUAAAGAAUGGACAAGAGGGGGGCACUGGCCUCUCAAAAGCUUUCGCUGACUGGUGUGAGAGAGAAACUCGUCAGUACAAGUAG